AUGUCGGACGAAACUAUAGCCCCUAUGUCUCCAGACGUCGAAAAACGACCGUUGGGGUCAAUUCAAAGUCAAAAUGACCAGCCUUCACCAGCAGCAUCUGAGCCUACCGAGCCUACCGAGCCUACCGAGUCCCAAACUGCUGUCAUACACGGCGUCGGAUGGAAUAAACCCGCUGUCAUUCUCAUCCUUUUUCUCGUCGGCCUCAUGAGCGGUGUCGGUCAUCACAUUUUCUACUCAAGUCUAGACGGAGAACUUGCGAUGAAGCAGAAGUGGACUAUCAGAAUCGGUACAGGUCUUGCCUACAUAUUGGGCAACUCUCUGGCGGUCCUGUGCGGUUUGUCCAGAGAUCAAUGGUUAUGGCAUACCCUCAGUAAACGGUCGUUUUCGUUGAAGAGUAUUGAUGCUAUCUUCGGUGUCACCUCUAACCCAGGCCACUUUCUUCAUUUCGAUAUGGUGAAACUUGCAAAGAUUGCAACUCUCUUGGCUGCGGCGGGGUGGUUAUACGCACCGCUUGCAACGCUGUCUACGCCAAGUACGAUUUCAGUGGUCAUGGAACCACGCUUUUCAAGCACUAAUUGCACGGUCAACUCUCUUAAAUUUGGCUACGACACAGACCCACAUUCGAUGCGAUUGAACCGUACAGAUGUGCCGUACUUACACAUGCUCUAUCUCAACUCCAGUUCAGGAUAUCUGCGCCAAAGUUCACAAGGCAUGAAAUACUUUGUGACAUCAGCAUUCUCGGGGAAAACCACAGCAAAAGAUAGCAGCGUACCGUACGGCUCGACAGUCAGAGAACAUUGCGGCCCAAACUGUACCUAUUCGAUUGAGUUUCUUGGACCGUCCGUUAACUGCACCGAAAUAGAUCCGGAUACGAUUGGCAAAUGGACUGAGCCGCAUAAGAAUCUUCUCGCAGACUGCGAAUCCCCAGGAAAUGAUAGCACAACCACAUAUCUUCCAAUAUUCCAUUCUCAGCGCUGGAACAACUCGCUCACUAGCUUCUGGGUCCUAUACACCACCCCGGCAGCUCCAGACACACGUAUUGCAUGCCGCAAAAAACACGCUUAUUCAUGUCAAGCCUCCGUUUCACACUACACGAUAAACGAGACCAUGAGCGGGCACAAUUUCCUGGAGCCCACAGUAGUUGCUACUGAGAAACUUUACAACAUCGAAGACGCUCACCUUGAUUAUGCAUAUGCGCCCAACUGGUCACUCGCCGACGUUCUCAUUUCGUUAUUCCAAGGAGAGCGUGGCUGGGACAUCACGAACAGCGUCACCGAAGGCAGCUACAAGCGGAAACCUGCUGAAAACGCGACCACCCUAGCAAGCGCGACACCACUGGUCAAUUUUGACAGAACAAUGCAUCCCUUGGGGCCGGCCAUUGAAAACAUGGUGCACAAGAUGACAGCCUCCUUACUUUCGGAUACCAUCCUCCACUACUCCGCCAACACAAGCUCGAUCUGCACUUCGGUCGAGUGGAAGAGUGUGUAUCGGUACAGGCCAUUCGAGCUUGUUCUUACAUACUCAAUUGCACUGAGUAUUGCGGCGAUUAUUGCAGUGCUCGGCCUACAUGCGCUUGUACUAAAUCGUGAAAAGAUUGAUACCAGCUCUUCUUUCAUCUCCAUCUUCCAUGUGUUGAGGAAUUCGGACUUGGACCACUCAGUACCACCGAAGGAGAAGAGAUUGAAGUGUCGUGUGAUAUCGCCCGCGGGUGAGGUUGGGUUUUAUGAGGUUCCCAAGAAGCCGAAGUCAUGA